AUGUGUGUGACCUCUCUAACCGACCACGACACGAAGUGUCUUAUCAUAUUUUCUGUUCAUGUUCAUCCUGAUGGUUCGCACAUAGCCACAGGAGGAUUAGAUGCCAACAUUCGGAUUUGGAGCAUGAAACCCAUUCUCAACCAUGCAUCUGAAAUGAGCAAUCGACCACCAAAGUCUUUGUGCACACUGAGUAUGCAUACAGGUCCCGUCUUGACUAUUAGGUGGGCACAUUCUGGGAGGUGGCUUGCAAGUGGUAGCGACGACGAGAUUGUGAUGAUAUGGGACUUUGAUCCGUCGGGUAGGGGCAAGGUCUUUGGUUCCAACGAAGUCAAUGUAGAAGGAUGGAAACCAAUGAAACGACUUCCAGGCCACGAAAGCGACGUUACCGACCUAGCAUGGGCGCUGGAGGAUCGUUAUCUCGCCUCAGUUGGCCUUCAUUCCGUCAUUUUAGUCUGGUGUGGACAUACCCUGGGAUUUGUCAAAGGUGUUUGUUGGGAUCCUGUGGGCGAAUUUAUGGCCACUCAGUCCGACGACAAGUCUGUGAAAAUUUGGAGAACGACCGAUUGGCAACUCGAGGCAGAAAUCAGAAAACCCUUCGAGGACUCUCCUGGCAGCACCUUUUUCCGCCAGUUUUGCAGCUGGUCGCCUGAUGGUGCUCACAUCACUGCUUCGAAUGCAACGAACAACAAAGGCUUCGUUUUCAUUGCAGCAGUCAUAACUCGUGGCACGUGGACUUCUGAGAUCAGUCUGAUUGGCCAUGAGAAUACAGUCGAGGUUGUGGUCUACAAUCCUCAUAUUUUUCUCCGAAAUCCCGCGUCACCUAUAGCUACAUCCAGCAUAUGCUCUGUAGUUGCUCUUGGCGCGGAUGACAGAUCCAUAUCCAUCUGGCAAACAAAAUCUGCACGACCUCUCAUUGUCGCGCGUGAAGUUUUUGAACGACAGAUCAUGGAUCUCAGCUGGUCCUGGGAUGGUCUGACUCUCUAUGCCGCAUCCUCGGACGGAACGAUAGCCGUUUUCCAUUUUGACCCCGAAGAAUUGGAAGGCAUUGCUCCUCAUUCUGCUCAAGAGCAAUAUUUACACAAGUUUGGCUUUGUACCACCACCAACUCCAGAAGGAUUCUCGCAUGGCACCCACAGUACAAAUGCUGCUUCAGCAUCGAGGAUCACGCCACCGCCUUCCCCAAACCGUGCCCAGUCGCAAUCGCAAUCUGGUUUUGGUGCAUCAAUUGGGAUUAAUGGUGCCAAGCACAUCAACAAGCUCAUUGCAAAGAAGAGCAAUAAGAAGAGAGUACAACCCGUACUUAUGUCAUCUGUGCCUUCUGCAUUGACAUCACGCUCAGCCCUAGUAUCAACUUCUGCGCUACCGCCUUCAGCAGGCCUCGGAUCGCGUGCAUUCCAAGUGCCAGAGAUUCCCCGAUCACGGCAGGCAUCACACUCUACGUCACCCGUGCCAAGCCUACGAACUUACGACGCCGAUAUUGAGAUGGGAGGACCAAUGGACAUGGAUGUUCCCAUCAAUGCACUCGACACGAGUAUGUCAAGUGCAAACAAGGGCAAACGGAAAGCGUCGGUCCUUGAUACACCCGAAGAUCGGCCGUCUAAGCCCCGUACUAUCCUUGGUGGCGAUCGACCAAGGGAAACAGUCGCAUCUCGACCCGCCCGUAUCUAUUUGAGGGUGCAAAAAAUGCUACCUGUCCCUCCGCCGCUGACAUUCUUGAGUGCCAAUGUGGAGGGAAGCGACUUUGUCUUUGAGGCCCGAAAUUCAGAAGGAGAUGGGGCCACGGAAGUCACGUUUGCUGAUGGAAAGCAAACAUUAUGGCUGGACUAUUUACCAUCUCCUGUGCUUGCGUUGACCGCAUCCACAACAUUUUGUGCGGCUGCUUCGCAAGACGGUUCUGUCAACGUGUAUUCACACACAGGUCGCAGAUUGAUGGCGACUUUAAGCUGUGGGUCACCUUGCGCGAUGAUACACGGCUGCAAGUUGACAUUGAUGAUACUCACGGCUUCUGGUCAGAUGACCUCGAUAAAUGUGAAGAAUGUUGCAUCCUUCUUUCCACCUACACCCGUUGCACCCCUCCUCUCCUCUUCGCCGAAUUGCACGAUAUUGUCUGCCACUUGCUGGUGGGCAGAGGGCUCUGAUGUAUGGCAAGGUCAUCAACGAGCGAACAAAGACAAAGACGUUGUAGCCUCCAUUGAGGGUGCAAUCGGCAGCACGAAUAUCUCGGCGCCUCACAAAGAGCGCCCCACAUGAUGGAAUACGGCGCUCACACUCGGUCAUCUGGAGAGCAAGUU